UAAGGGUCAUUUCUUGCACAGCCAGCACACGAUCGCCCGGUCAGUCUUGCUGUUGAUCGCAGCGCGAAAGGUUCUCCGGGAAAGCAAAACAACCAACUCCGCACAAUCAGUAUGAGUGCAUUACCGACGGUACUGCUGCUAGCGGGACUAGUGGCCUGUGUUGCCGGGCUGCUGACGGACGAGGCCUGCCCACAGGAUGUGACGGCGAUGAGUGGCUUUUCGCUGAACGAUUACGCCGGCCGCUGGUACGAGAUCAAGCGGUACGAGCAGUUCUACGAGAAGGAUCUGGACUGCGUGGUGGCCGAGUAUCAGAAGACGGGCGACAACAGCAUCUCGGUGAAGAAUGGUGCCUUCAGCCUGGCGAACAAUACGCGCGUGGUGGCGGACGGUACGGCCGUGGUAUCCUACCCGGACGAUACGACCCAUCCGGCCAAGCUGAGCGUCGCGUUCUUCGGAGCAAAGGCCGAUCGUAGCAACUACUGGGUGCUGGACACCGACUACACCUCGUUCGCCGUCGUUUGGUCGUGUGAGCCGUUCUUCCGCGAUCCCUCCAAGAAUGUCCUCGGUUUCUGGAUCUUCUCGCGCAACCCAACCUUCCCGACCGACGAAGCCGUGGUGAAGCGCGUGGACGAGCUGGUGAAGAAGUACGCCGACGCGUCCAAGUUCGAAGUGCCGAACCAAUCGGACGAACGAUGCCCCCGAUCGUACGGGACGAUUUUCGAGCGACCGUGCCGUACGGAUGUUGCCGUUGUGCAGGACUUCCAGGUGGAUCAGUAUCUCGGCCUGUGGUACGAUCUGGAACACUACGAGGCCAGCUUCGAGCAGAACACGGAUUGCGUAACGGCCGAGUACAGCCGGUACGAGGACGGUUCGAUCCGGGUGUUCAACUCGGCCGUCCGGCUCACCGACGGGCUGUUGUACGCCGUGGACGGACUGGCACUGCUGAGCUACCCGGAGGCGGAAGUGCUGGAGGCAAAGCUGAACGUUUCAUUCUACGGUGCACCGAAUGAUGAAUCAAACUACUGGAUAUUGGAUACGGACUACGAGAACUACUCGAUUGUGUGGAGCUGCGAACCGAUCGGAGAGGAACGAUCGCUCGAAUACUAUUGGCUGCUUUCCCGCACCCCAGCGCUGCCGGAGGACGAAGAGCUGAGGGAGAAGAUUGAAAUGCUCAAGGAGCAGAACGGCAUCAUCGACGAUGAGCUCAUCAUUACGGAACACUUUGCCGAAGGUAAAACAGUUAACAUGGUCGCAUUAGCCGUGCUGAUCGUCAGCAGCCUGCAAGUGGCAGUGGGAUUUGUGGUACGCGAUGGAAACUGCACACUGACCACGGCAAAUCUGCCAUUUGUGAAAGACUUUCAGCUGGAACAGUAUCUUGGCAAGUGGUACGAGCUGGAACGGUACGAGCAGGACUACGAGCGCAACAUGGAGUGCGUGUCGAUCGUGUACCGAUGGCAGCAACCGCUCGAAACGCUCGACGUGAACUAUCGUGGCUAUCUGCCGCACAAUGGUACCGUCAACACCUUCACCGGUAGCGGUGUAUUCAGCCAGGAGCCGGCGCAGGAAACCGCUAACACUACUACGGCACCUACCACGGCUGCUAAGCUGCUCGUAUCGUUUGGCAGAGUGUACAAUGCCACCAACUACUGGGUAGUGGAUACGGACUACGUGAACUACGCGAUCGUGUACUCCUGCGUGACGUUCGCCGAGAUGGGCCAGGCCGUCGAGGGCUACUGGCUGCUGGCACGCACACCCAACCUGCCGGACAACCAGACCGUGAUCGAGCGCGUCAAAUACCUGCGCUCCACGUACUUCCAGGUGUCGCACAUGCGCUUCACAAACCACACCGAGGAACUACUGGACAUCAUGUCGUUCGUAGCCGAUGUACGGUGUUUGUUUGUGGUGCUGUUGGCGGCCGGCUCGAUUGCGCUGGCGCAACGGAUCGUCAGUCAACCGUGCCCGGACCCGGCCAACCGUCCGGUCGUGCAGUAUUUCGAUCUGCAAAGGUACGUUGACGGCCGAUGGUACGAGAUCUCGCGGUACGAUCAACACUUCGAGAAGGACUGUGACUGCGGGUACGCCACGUACACACCGCAGGCGGAUGGGUCGGUGCGGGUGCAGAACUGCUGCGAACGGUUGCCCAACACAACGGUCAAGUGUAGCAUCGGCAAGGCGGUGGUUAGCUACCCGGACGUGUUCCCGCUGGAAGGCAGGUUUAAUGUCACGUUCGGUGGACCACCGAAAAACUCCAACUACUGGAUCCUGGACACGGACUAUGACAACUACGCGCUGAUCUACUACUGCAAGAAUCUGUCCGAGAGCAAGUCGGCCGAAGCGGCCUGGGUACUGUCGAAGCAGCGAACGAUCCAUUCGUCGGUGCAAGCCACUGUCGACGGGCUGGUGGACAAGUACUUUGUGCGACAGGAUAUGCGCAUCACGGAGCAAAGUCAGAUCAAUGUAGGGUUGUCGGGAGUGUCCAGAGCGGCUCAAAUCAGUUCGUGGUGUUCAGUGGCGCGCAGUGUGACAGUGCUUGCAGUGGUUUACAUUUUACCCCCGAAUUUAUCACUUUCUAAGCCAAACGGGGCCCUAGUGACCUUCAAACGAACAGAAAAGGGGCGUCUAAUUGCCAAACUUGCUAAAAGUGAACAGCGCACAGCCAGUAUGAAAACGUUCCCUUGUUGGAUGAUCGCGAUGGCGUGCCUUUGGUGUGCCGUCGAUGGAAAUCAAGGAGGUCUGCUCACCCUCUCCUGCAUGACGUUUGAGGAGGAUUACAACUUUAAAGAGGAUAAGUUCGAUGGUACGUGGUACGAGGUGCGGCGGCUGAGCGAUCCUAGCGCCACCCAGCACGAGGACUGUGUGGUGAUGAACUACAAGCUCGGCGAGCAGGGCAGCUUCGAGAUACGGCAAUCGUACCAGGUGGGCGACGAGAGCGAACCGAUCUACCGGAGUGGCAGGGCCGAACCGAAGGUCUACCAGGACGCUCGCAUUCCCAAGUUUUUCGAGCGCUUCAACACGACCGAUCCGGCCGAUCCGGACAUCUCGAUCGACAUCGUAGCGACGGACUACAGCAGCUACGCGGUCGUGUACUCCUGCACCUCGAUCAAUUCCACGCACCAUCUCGAAUCGGCCUGGGUACUGUCGCGCCAACCGGCACUCGCGAAGAAUGUGGUCGAGCUGGUGAACCUCUUCCUGGAGUCGCGCUUCACCCGGCCCGAUCACAAGUGGCGUGCGACGAUACAUACGGCCGACUACUGUAAGCCCACGUCCGUCGAGGACCUGCCGAUGUACGCGGGCGCGGGCACUCGCACCGCCCUCAGCAUGCUCGCCGUCCUGCUGGGAAUGCUGCUGGCUGUGCUGCUAUACUAAGCAGCAUCCCUUCAUUCAUGUUUUAGCCCACCCCUAGUCAUAGUGUACGUGUGCGCGCGCCUCGUUAGUGUAAGCUCCUGCAUGUAAACCCCACCGAGGCUGUAUGAAAAGUGAAGUAAACUAUGUACCACGGUCACUGGCCCAGUUCCAGUUCCGCUUGGGCAAAAG